CCCUCCCUCCCGGGGCGUUGACGCGCCGGCGGCCGGGCCGCGCUCCCACCGCUCACCCCCUCACGCGCGCUCCAGCCCGGAACAUGGCGGCCCUCAAGCUCGUCUCCGCCGCGCCCCGGCUCCGCGCCUCCGCCCGCCUCUCCGGGGGCGUCCGGGCCAAGGGAUGUGUUUGCUACUUUUCAACCAGCACACGUCGCCAUACCAAAUUUUAUACAGAUCCAGUGGAAGCUGUAAAAGACAUCCCUGAUGGUGCAACAAUACUGGUUGGUGGUUUUGGGUUAUGUGGAAUUCCAGAGAAUCUCAUAGGAGCCUUACUGAAGACUGGAGUCAAAGAGCUGACUGCAGUCAGCAACAAUGCAGGGGUUGACAACUUUGGCUUGGGCCUUUUACUUCGAUCCAAGCAGAUAAAACGCAUGGUCUCUUCGUAUGUGGGAGAAAAUGCAGAAUUUGAACGGCAGUACUUAAGUGGUGAAUUAGAAGUAGAGCUGACACCUCAGGGCACGCUUGCAGAGCGGAUUCGUGCAGGUGGGGCUGGAGUUCCUGCAUUUUACACCAGCACCGGGUAUGGGACCCUGGUGCAACAAGGAGGGUCCCCGAUCAAAUACAACAAAGAUGGCAGCAUUGCCAUUGCCAGUAAGCCCAGAGAGGUGAGGGAGUUUAAUGGUCAGCAUUUUAUUUUGGAAGAAGCAAUUACAGGAGAUUUUGCUUUGGUGAAAGCCUGGAAGGCAGACCAAGCAGGAAAUGUGAUUUUCAGGAAAAGUGCAAGAAAUUUCAAUUUGCCGAUGUGCAAAGCUGCAGAAACCACAGUAGUAGAGGUUGAAGAAAUUGUGGAUAUUGGAUCAUUUGCCCCAGAAGACAUCCAUAUUCCGAAGAUUUAUGUACAUCGCCUUAUAAAGGGAGAAAAAUAUGAGAAGAGGAUUGAGCGUUUAUCAGUCCGGAAAGAGGAAGAUGUAAAAACCAAAUCCGGUAAACCUGGAGAUAAUGUAAGGGAACGUAUCAUCAAGCGGGCAGCUCUUGAAUUUGAGGACGGCAUGUAUGCUAAUUUGGGCAUAGGGAUCCCGCUUCUAGCCAGCAACUAUAUCAGCCCAAAUAUCACAGUUCAUCUGCAAAGUGAAAAUGGAAUCCUGGGUUUGGGUCCGUAUCCACUACAAAAUGAAGUUGAUGCAGAUCUAAUCAAUGCAGGCAAGGAAACAGUUACUGUUCUUCCAGGAGCCUCUUACUUCUCCAGCGAUGAAUCAUUUGCGAUGAUUAGAGGGGGGCAUGUCAAUCUAACAAUGCUCGGAGCAAUGCAAGUUUCCAGAUAUGGUGACCUCGCUAACUGGAUGAUACCUGGGAAGAUGGUGAAAGGAAUGGGAGGGGCUAUGGAUCUAGUGUCCAGUGCGAAGACCAAAGUGGUGGUCACCAUGGAACAUUCUGCAAAGGGAAAUGUACAUAAAAUUAUGGAGAAAUGUACGUUGCCACUGACCGGAAAGCAGUGUGUCAACCGCAUCAUUACUGAAAAGGCUGUGUUUGAUGUGGACAACAAGAAAGGCCUGACUCUGAUUGAACUCUGGGAAGGCCUGACUGUGGAUGACAUAAAAAAGAGCACCGGGUGUGAUUUUGCAGUUUCACCAAAACUCAUGCCAAUGCAGCAGAUCACAACUUGAAAUGCGGGAUAGACAUUUGUCCCACACCGCGUGUUUUUCAUUUUAAUCACAUAGGAUUUCAUUGAAAAGAUAUCAGUAAUCAUAAUUGUAUAUCUCAUGAGCAGUUUUUGACUAGUUUUCUUUAAGCAUUUUAUACUACAUAUGGCCAUAUAGACUUUGUUCUCUCAAGUGUGCUAUGACAUUUAAUGAAAGACAAAAAUAUAUAUAUAAAUGAUUAUCUUACUUGUUUUAUAAGUGCUGAGAAGGCUUAUCUUUACAGUUGGUGCUCACAUUGGAUUUAUCUUUGUCUUUUGUGAUAGGUACACUUAAUUAUACUCAGAUGGGCCCUUAGGAAGACUUUCUUUGAUGUUCUUUUCCUCCUAACUAAAUCAUAACAUGUAAAAAAAAGAAUGAAGGAGAAAAAUAACUCCACCCAGAGUAUACCCAAGGCAGCAUUGUACUAGUCUUGAUUGAUAACAUAUGUGUGAAUUUUGAGUAGGAGACAUGCUGUCAUAAUGAUAAUGUUUUUCUUUUGGCCUCCUGUGACUUUUCUUUUAGAGCCUCUGAUUUUGUGAUUGCAUCUUAUUUCCCUAAAGCAUCCCUUAUCCUCCCUUAUUUGUAUAACUAAAUAGAUGCGCAGUAAGGCAAACAGGAACAUCUCUGUAUAGAAGAAGUAACUGGUUUAUAGGAGAGACCAAGGGGUACAAGGUCUUUUGGUGCUGAUGUCCAACCAAGAAGUUGCCUUUAUAAACCAACCAUCUGUGCUUUGCCAAAGACUAAGGUUUAUCCGGAGAAGAGGGUUGUAAACCUAAUUGAUUUAGUCAGUUUUAUCAUUUUAAAAUAUUACAAUAUUUGUGUGUAUUCAGAGGGGUCCCUAAGAGGCUUUUUCCAUGUUAUUGAGGCCUAGUGGGCUACUUGUACAGACCACCUCUGAGGCCACAAGGGGCUGUGGGGUAAUUUAUCAUGAAUCCAGUCACAAUAACAACAGAAUUAAAAAUUAUUUUUUUCUUUCUUUUCAAGCUCUCUUAUUUCUGUUUCGAAAAGUUUCUAAAUAUUGAAUGCCUUUUUCUACAGAACACAGUUCUUUUUUCUGCCUAGGCUAUUUCCUUGAAUAAACUACUUUUAAUUUAGCUUUAUACAAAUAGAGGAAAUGCUGAUGAGCAAGUCAAGGAUUUGAAGAACAGUGAAUUUUUAUUGUUAAAAGAAUAAACAUGGUGAAGUGGGUUGUGUAAGGAAGUUGUCCUCAGAAGUGUCAUCCUUACCACCCGUUUGCCCCAAGGGAUACUCUAAGCUCCUGAGUAUCAAAUGGGGAAAAGGUCUAGAUAGCCUAAAAAUGGGUCAGACGGCUGUCCUCUGGACAGAGGUAGGCACAUAGUGCAAUAUAUCAUUGCUCUGGCACCAGAUAUAGGAAUUUUAUGCAUAUUUUUGGGUGAUGGUUAUCUUUAAAACUCACCCAAUCUUCAGGUAGAACUACAAUUGUGUCAUGUAUCAUAUUAGAGGGGAGAGAGGAUUUUUUAGUAUCACACUCUCUAAUAUAGUCUUAACUGACUGGCUGUAGGAUUGAAGGCAUAUUCUCCCAGUACUGAUAAAAAGGACUCUCUUGGAAUUUGUGAGGCCCAGAGAAGAAUACAUAUCUGUUAGAAUUAUAAUUUGGAAAAAUGUGUGUUAUUGAUGGUUGCUAUAUUUGCAGACUUGGUUGCUUAUAAUUCCAAUCCAUUACUUUAGGAUAAUAUGAUUCUAAGAAUGUUCCCAACUUUGAGUGGUAAAACCUAAGUAGAUGACUUUAUAUUCUUGAUUAAAGAAUUCCAUAGAUAUUGGACACAUUAAGAUAUAGUGUAAAUAAUCCAAACUGAUGUAGAUCACUGUGAUUGUCCUUUUUCUUGUUUGGGAAAAUAUACUAGAGCUUAAUGGAAAGACCAACAAUAAAUCGUUCACAUACUUCUUCUUA